AUGACUAUAACUAAAUCAGUGACAGAUCCGAAAAAAUUCAUUUUCUCACCAAUCUCCGCGGUCUGGUUUCUGACGGCUUUUGGAUUUUUCGCGGUUUUCAAAUUGUUUUUAUACCAUGUGGAUAAUUAUUUGAAAACAGAUAAAUUGACAAAGUGUCGAAGGGAUUUAUCGAUUGGUUACGGUGCAAUUGUGGUGUAUGGCGUUGCUGGAUAUAUUAUGAUGAACGUUUAUAAUGGGAACGACCCCUCCAACCUUCUGCUCCCUUUUCUCUGCCCAAUAUUCAUUAUUCCCCUCUUCAUCCUUCCCCAUUUCCUCCACUACCGAGCUGGUCGAUCCAAACUACAUGGAUUUAUAAUUCAAUCGAUCAUUAUCCUUCUCCAUACCGUAUACCUGAUAUUCGUUAUCAGAGAAUCUCAAAAAUUCGAAAAAUCUGAUAGAAGACGUCAAUUCCUACCAUUCACGGUUAUAUAUAUUUUGUUGAAUUUGGCCACUAAUAUAGAAUUUUUCGUGGUGGCAAUUAGUGGAGUACGGUUGGUGGAAAAACCAAAAAUAGAAAAUGUGAAGGAAAUUGAAGGAGGUGCGGAGCAAGUGGAGCCAUUCUUGGAAGCUCCCACCACCCAACAGGAUCUACAGUAA